AUGUCUGGGAAACACAAAGGACUUGUCGCAAGAGCCCAGGAGGUUGAGCCUUCGGUCAGAUGGACCCACUGCAGCAUACACAGAGAGGCGCUAGCGUGCAAGGACAUGCCCUCAGCGCUGAAGGAUGUCCUCGCACAAGCUGUAAAAAUUGUUAACUUUAUAAAGGCUCGACCACUGAACUCGCGCCUGUUUGCGGGGAUGUGCGAUGAAAUGGGCAGCGAACACAAGCACCUGCUCCUCCAUACAGAGGUGCGCUGGCUUUCCAGAGGGAAAGUCCUUGCUCGCCUGUACGAACUCCGCGAUGAAGCGCGAAUAUUUCUCUUGAACGCAUCGUCGAACCUCAGCGAGCUGUUACUCAACCCGUCUUGGUUGGCAAGCCUUGCAUACCUCACCCAAGCAGCAAAAUGCACUGAAAGUCGAGUGCAAUAG